AUGGUCCACAGUCCGGAACUUCCUGAGACGGUCCAGAGACCGGAACCUCAUGAGACGGUCCAGAGACCGGAACCUCCUGAGACGGUCCACAAACCGGAACCUACUGAGACGGUCCAGAGACCGGAACCUCCUGAGACGGUCCAGAGACCGGAACCUCGUGAGACGGUCCAGAGACCGGAACCUCCUGAGACGGUCCAGAGACCGGAACCUCAUGAGACGGUCCAGAGACCGAAACCUCCUGAGACGAGCCCGGAACCUCCUGAGAUGGUCCGCGGUCGGAGGUCCGGAGCCUCCCGCGACGGUCGGCGGUAUGGUUCCUCCGGCGACGAUCCACGGUCCGGAGCAUCCGGCGACGAUCCCCGCACCAGAGCCUCCAUUGAAGAUGAGGUAUCCGCGAGCGGAGUGGUUACUUUGCCUCGCACCGGAGCCGCCACCAAUGUGCAGGGGCGGGUCCUCCUGCAGGCAGAGGAGGGUCGUUAG